AUGUCAAAUCCACUACCACCUUCAUAUGCAACAUCAUCGACGUCAACUACAUCUUCAUAUAACAAUGGCAUAGUACAACAACAUCAACAUCAACAACAUCAACAUCAACCACAUCAGCAAUAUCCACAACAACAGCAGCAGCAGCAUCAUAAUACAGGACAACAACAACUACCACAGCAACAACAACAACAUCACAGUAGCAGUAACAGUGGAAAUAACAAUCACCAUACUAGCAGCAGCAGUAGACAUGCCCCAGGUGGUAGCUCAAGUGGCUCAAGACCUUCACAUACUAGUAGUAGCAGCAGUAGCAAUGCAAACAAUGACUCAAGAAAGAGAGAAAGAGAGUCUACUUCAACAUCAUCAUCGUCACAGCAACAACAACAACAUAAGAGACCAUCUUCAUCAUCAGCGGCAACAUCAUCAUCACAAUCAUCAUCACAAUCAUCACAAUCAUCUAGAUCAUCAUCUGACUUUAACUGCUCGAUGAAACUUACAAACAAUCUACCCGAUACACCAUUCGACCCAAAGUUCUUGACCAUCUCGACGGAUCUCAAUCGAUUCGCACUGUACAAGACAACGUCGUUGGAGAAGAACUACAAGUAUCCACUGCUCACUGAGCCAAACCUGGGCAUCUCCAUCGAGCUUAUCGAUCCAGUGAUCUACAACACGCCAAAGACCAAAAUCGAGGUGCCCAAGGAGGACCUGCCACUGCUCAAGUCACUUGCCCAGCAGGACUCCGAGUCGAAGCGUCUGUCCGCCACCCGCGGCACCGCCACAAACUUUGUUCGUCCGGCCGUGUCAUGGCUGCGCAAGACAGAGUACCUCUCGUCCAACGAGAACUCGAUGGGUCGUGGCGUCAAGCGUGCCUCGACGACACAAUCCACAUUCAAGGAGGACCUGGAUGUGCAGCUCGCCGAGAACACAUUCGACGCUAUCAACAACCAGUCGUUCGUGCAUCCGACCAACCCCAACGCCAAGCCCGUCAGCGUGUUGCCCGUGUUCCCCGACUUUGAGCUCUGGGGCAACGAGUACACCGAGGUGCAGUUUGACGCCGACCCUCUGGACCUGCCCCCAAGCAACCUCAAGUCGGACAGCUUCCAGCAGUACAUUCAGAGGCAGCAGGAGAUCAGAUCCAAGGGUAUCAUCAAAGGUAUCCGAGGUAAAUUCGUCUACUUUAUCGCGCCAAAGAAUGAGUUGGACUUUGAGAACUACAACAACAACAACAACAACAACAACAAUAGUAGCAGCAGCAGUAGUAACAAGAACAAUGGCAAUGAGAACAUUGACGAUGGCAAUCCAUAUAGAAUGUACAAGGUGUUCACUCAUGACAUCUUCCCUGGCCAAGAAGAGAACUUCUUCCUCAUCGACAAGGGAGAUGCCUUGUACUACAACAAAAUGUCCACCAAGGUCAGCUUAAAGAAGGUCAAGUCAAGAGAUGACAAGAUAAGAGAGAAGAGAAACAUUGGUAAACCAGAGUAUGUCACUUAUGACACUAGAUCAAUGACGAUUGAAGAGAUUGAGAAUCAGGAGAAGAGUAUUAGUACACUUCUAAAGGAGGAGAAGGCAUUGUUCUCGACAAAGUCAAAGAGCAUGUAA